AUGCAGUUCGUCGAAGAGGGCGACACGCUGAGUGGCCCUGGAACCGGGAGAAGUGCUCAACUUGAGCGCAACGACAUUUCGGCAGAGUUUCGGGGCAGGAUUCAUGGUGCAAUUCAAGAUGCUCAUGCUGCUGUGAUUUCGAGCAAACCGACAUUUUUCGGUGAUGCAACAGCAUUCAAUUCCAAGAGAGCAUGUCAUUUGAGUGAGGGCUCCCAACUGGAGAUUUUGCCACAAAAAUGGGAAGCCCUGAUCUCGAUCAACUACUCUGCAUUUGACUUGGGUCUGCAGAUCCACGGGCUCCCUUUCAAUGAGAGGGUGAAGAUUGUGUCGGAGGUGCUGGGAGGCAAAUCGCCAUCCACCCUGACCAGAAGACUCUCCGAGAUCUCACGCUUUGUGAAUUGGGCCUCGAAAGAUGCUAGGCAGUCAAGCAUUUUGAAUGUGAAGUCCCUCUUGUUUUUGGAAAUGUUCCUGGCAGAUCAGAAGAGGGCACUGGUUGAUCGCUUUGCAGCAGGGGUCUUUCUCUUUGCGGUUUAUGCAAGGGCGAGAUUUGGUGAUCUCAGACGCAUUUCCAGAGCCAUCAUUGAUGAGGUUCAGGAGAACGCUGAUGGGUCCUUGGGCUUCAUCGAGCUCCACUCAGACUCUCAUAAAAUGAGAGCGACGGGCAAUCGUCUUGGGGCGCAUCUCCCGUUGAUAGCUCCAAUCAAGGGAAUUGGUGCUCGUGCUUGGGGCAGAGACUUUGUGGAUGUCGCCAAACAGACAGGCAUCGACUUUAAGGUGUGGAAACAUGGAAGCCCAUUGUUGCCGGCACCAAGAGCCAUUGGAGACUGGUCGGGUAGAGCCGUGACAACCUCUGAGGUCGACAAGUGGCUGAAAGGGAUGAUGUCCCAAUGUCCAGACUUUGACACCACGGGAUUCACUCCCCACGGGUGCAAGGCUACAACAUUGGUGAUGCUGAGUAGAUACAGAGCUUCACCAGACGACAGGUUGAUUUUGGGACACCAUCAAGUCAACAAAGGGGCAUUGGAAGUGUAUGCUAGAGAUUUGCAGAGCGCACCACUGAGAACUCUCGAGCAGAGAUUCUCACCUGAUGUCACACGAUCAAGCCUUUUCACACCUGUGCAACCUGUUAGUCAUGCCCAGGCAAGGGAGAACUUACAGAUUGGUGAACCUGCUUCUCCAGCUUGGUCGUGCCGUAACCCGACGGAAGGGCUCGAUGUCAUACCGACACCAACAUCUCCAAUUGACAGUGGUGCAGGAUCUGAAGUUGUGAAAGAGGAGUUGCCUCCACGAGAGUUCAUCGGCAUGCAAGCAGAUCUUGCCUCCAUUGAGAUCCAGUCAUCAGAUUCCGAGUCGUGUUCAGGUGAGUCAGAAGCCGAGCAGAUUAUUCUUGAGCUGGCUACAAGUGAGCGACCUGCCGGGCACUGGCAUCCUGGAUGCGAGCUGCACCAACACACAAGAUCUAAGUUGGUUCAUGCCCUGGCAAGAUUUGGACACAGGAAAGCAUUCAUUUGCGGCCGAGCCCUCAGCAAAGAGUAUAAACCAUUCACCAGAGAGUUCUUCGUCGAUGCAAUGAAAUGCCAACAGCGUGACAAAGGAAACGGGCCAACUCAGGACCAGGGCUUGAUCAAUCUUUCGAAAUUGGCAUUUUCAAUUACCACGCCAGGGACAGUGCCACCUGACGACUCUCUCAAGGGUUUACUCUCAGACAACCCCGACGAAGUUACAGUCGGUCUGUUCAUUCAGAGAGAUGGAAAGAUGGCACAGGGCACUGCUGGAUCGUUUGCAGUCACCAGCACCACCUGGAUUCAAGCCCCCAAACAUGGAGCAAAUCUUGCGCACCGACUAACUGCCUGGAUACAGAUGGCUGAAAAGGCGACCAGCCUCCGCCGACGUGGAGAUGGAUCUCUUCCUCUGAACAAGGCUCUCAAUGAUUUGCAAGCCGAUCCCACGGUUAUGUUCCACCUGGUUCCCAUGCCCAUUGACAAAGCUCAUGCACCUGCUCCCAAGCCGAGUGACACAAAGAGAGAUGAGGCAACCAAGCCCCUCAACAUCCGAAAGAAAGACAAAGUCAAGGGCAAGGGACGUGGGAAAGGAUCUAAAGGAAAACUGGCAUCAAAGGGCCGCAUGCCCACUGAACUCGUCGGAUUGCAUCAGCAGGACAAGGCAGAGCAGGGUCCAACACAGCAGGCCCUGCGAGAUCCUGCUGAGGGAACAGUGUUCUCAGGUACCGCUGGCCUGACGGCGGCCGUGAGGCGCAUGGGUUGCCAGCACAGCGCUGGGAUUGAUGCUCACGUCACCAAACAGGUGAAAUCGCCGGUCAUCCUGAGUGGACAAGACCUUUUGUGGCGCAUCUUGGAGCAGCCUCGAGUAGUUGAAUAUCCUCUACAACUUUGCCGUGAAUAUGCAGCAUGCCUUCGUUCGACAUUGCUGGCUCAUGGUGCACUCGCGCCGCCUACAGAGAUGAUGCAAGAUGAUUCUCUGAACCUCAACUUGGCAGCCAAGGCCUGCCCAAGUGCCCCGGUCAUCCCGGCUCAUGCUAAGCAAACUCAAGCUUCUGGGUCUCCGGACAAAACCAUAGCAGAGGACAUUGCAAAGGGCUUCGAUUUGAUGGGGCCGAUGCCUGCGGGGGGGGUCUUCUUGGAGAAGGUGCUGAAAUUUCGUCCCAUAGACGACUUCUCGGAGUCGCUCAUCAAUGUCACCAAUGCCUGCAGUGAGACAAUCCAGCCGAUGGGCGUGGACCAGAUUUGUGCUGGUUUGGUGAGGCGAAUGCAAUCCCGGCCUGGGGACAGCUUGGUUUGUAAGGCGAUUGAUUUGAGGAAGGCAUAUAAGAAUCUGCCUAUCUCUGAGGAAUCUCUUGAUGACGCCUACAUAGCUGUGUUCUCACCAAAGGAUGGGGUUCCCCAGGCUUUUCAGUCGCUCGUGCUGCCAUUCGGUGCACGGGCAUCGGUCAUGGGAUUCUGCCGCACUUCUUAUGCCACCUGGAGGAUUGCAGUGGUGAUUUUUGGAUUACACUGGACAGUGUACUUCGAUGACUACUUUCUGGUGGCUGAAGUUCAUGAAUCCAGACAUGUGGAUAUGGCACAACAACUUCUUUUCCAGAUCUUGGGCUGGGAAACAUCAGAUGAAAAGGAGGGCGGAUUUGGACCCGUCUCCCGCAUUUUGGGUGUCCAGAUUGACCUGGCUGACGCCCAUUUGGGGGCGGCAGUGAUAAGCAAUGUUGAGAGUCGAGUUCGCGAGCUCGUUUCGACCAUCGAUGAUGUCUUGAGCCCGGGCCACCUGUCGGCAGCAGAAAUGAGGGUCCUGCGGGGCCGCCUUGUGUUUGCAGAGGCCCAGAUAUUUGGUCGCCUGACCGGGGCUCAUAUGAGACAGUUGUCAUGGUAUGAAGGAGUAGUUGGAGAUGCCCAUGUAGACCAAGAGUUGAGACGCAGCCUCAUUUUCUUGAGGGACCAUGUCUUGCGUGGGGAGCCUCGCAAAGUCUUGUCGGAUGUUGUUCAAGUUUUCCAUCUUUACACCGAUGCUAGUUUCGAGAGCGGAGCCGGUGGUUUGGGCGGAAUUCUUUUCGACGGAGAGGGGAAGAUGCUUUCAUUCUUUUCCGAGAUGUUAUCUCCGUCGGGUGUGAACAUGCUAAACCCUGAUGGGAAGAAGGGCAUGAUUUUCGAGCCGGAAACCCUUGCUGUUGCCAUUGGUGUGACGCAGCUGUUGCCAAACUUCGCUGUAAGACCUUGUGAUCGAAUAGUGGUCUUUUUAGACAAUGAGUCUUCCUUGGCAAGACUGGUUUCGGCAUCAGGCAGCCUGUCUGCAGACAACUGGCUGUUCGAGGUGGUCUUCCAGUGGGAACUUUCUGUCAGGGCAGUAUGCUGGUAUGAGAGGGUGGCAAGUCACUCGAACGUGGCUGAUGCGCCAUCACGAGGAAAGUGUGAAGACCUCGAAGCAUCCCUCAGGAUCAAUGUCGAUCCAAUUGCCUUCAUCAGAGAUCUCUUGAUUGCCGACCGCAAUCUGCAGAUCGCCCACGAAGUUCUCAAUCAGUUGCAGGAUUUAGAAGACUUUCUGGGAACCAUUCCUAUGCCUGUGGCCUUGCACAACCUGCGCCGAACCAUUGCGGGCGGGUCAGCAGAAGUUGGCAUCGAUGAGAGGGCGUCGCCCAUGGACAUCAUCGAAUCCCAUCCUGGAAAUUACGUCUAUGAUGUGAAGUUAAGAUGCAAACCUGAACAACUCGACGAAGCCUUCGACCGAGCCAAUCCGGAGAUGGUGAUUGUCGGCAACACUUCGGCCACAGUUGUUUCAGACUGGAACGAGGCGAAUCCUCCCAGCAGACAGAUCGGCAUGUACGACCGCAUCGUCAAGGUUGACGGCGAACUUCUGCAAGGCUGGUGGCAACGAAUCCUUUGCAGCUCAACUUCUGGAGCAGGUGGGAAAGAUAUCAUGAAGAAGCUUGGAACAAAGGUGGCCAGUGGCGUGUCAGUGACCAUGCAGCGACCCCAAGAACGAACGAUCACGGUGGAACGAACAGCGAGACUGGGAAUGAACCUGAACUAUCGCAAGGGAACUUUAGCCAAACCGUGGAUUAGCACCAUUGAGGAUGGUACUUGUUUGAUCCAUCAAUGGAACCAGUCGAACCCGAGCCAUUCCGUGACCGUCAACGACCGCGUCAUCUCCGUGAAUGGAUCGGCGCUGUCAGCAGUGGACACGGUGGAAAAGCUGCGAACUGCCACAGGAACGCUGACCAUCAAGUUUGUCCACUUUGAGUGA